ACUGCCACGAAGCGUCCUCCAAGCACCGAGAGUAUGCCAGCCGGCAGGGACUCCAAAGCCGCUUCAAAAAGGAAAAAAACCAAACCAAACCAAACCAAAAAAACCACAGUGAGGACUACGAGGGAGAAGGAGGCUCAACCUGCACGCCAGUGAACCAGCUUUGCUCCCGCGGCUUGAGGCUGCAGGGGAGAACACGCUCGAAGCAUUCCCCCCACCCCCCCACUUGGAAAUAAAAACACAAAAAAAGUUCGAAGGCGAGACUUCCGGGAAGAAGAUGAGCGUUGCGGAGGUGCUUUUAUAUACGGAGAUGGUGUUGUAAACCUGGGAAUGCCGAAGAGGUGGACUUUCCAAUGAUGACAGGAGCUGCUUCUCCGAUCCUGUCAAGCAAGUUUUCUAUGCCAUGAAUAACACCACCAUGCCCACUUCUGCUGGGCCAACCAAUGACUCCCUGGUGGGUUAUAUUCUAGUGCCGUUUUUCCUUAUCACCAUUGUUGGAAUCGUCAUGGCAGUGAUGUUGUAUAUCCAGAAAAAAAGGAGAUAUGAUCGACUACGCCACCACCUGUUGCCAAUGUACAGUUAUGAUCCUGCGGAGGAGCUACAUGAGGCUGAACAAGAACUUCUAGUGGAGCCAGAGGACGCUAAAGUGAUGCGAGGUUGGGGAGGAUACCAGCCCUAUCGUAAUUCAUUUAUGGAUGUGAAAGCUUGAUGGUACUCAGCUCGGACUGAUUACAGAGUGUAGAUGGAUGACCUCUUCUACUUGGCAUGUGUGCCAACUUGAAUGCCAUUAACGUUGCUGCCUUUCUUUACACUUCAGUACUACAGCCUCUUGCCGUGACUUCCAGUAACAGAAGGUGUAAUGGAUGCCAGCCGUGUCAAGGAGAUUGGCACUGAACACCUGGUACAAAGAGUAGCCUAGGGGGUUGGAGAAUUGUGUUUGGAACUAGGACAGCUUGCUAUAUGGCAUCAUUUUUCAUAUCAACAGUCUCCUGAUUUGCAUUUUAUGUGGAUGAUGAGAUACAGGAGUUUAUGAAAUUUCAAGUAAAAUAUUACUGAAUAGCUCUUGCAUUACAGGCAUCAGUCUUCAAAAGCUCGGCUUCGUUUAAAAAAAAGCAACGCAGUCAACCUCCAUUUCCUUUUGUGAACAAAGAGCAUCAGAAUGCAGCUGCUAUGAUAUCCCAGCACAUUGCUAGCUGCCUUCUCUCCUUAUUUGCCUAAGUAUGUAAAAGGGUGUAUUAUUUAAAGUUGUUGGAUUCCUGUAAUGUAUUGCUGAACGGAUGCAAGCAAAGUGAAUAAAAUUGCCAAAUGCAUAACUUGGUGCUUGAGGGGUAAUGGUAUACUUCUUCAAAUAGGGAUAAUGGGUACACGGUAUCAGCUUUGGAAUUGUUUUGUGUGCUACAUGCUGGGAGGAUGUGGUUUAGCUAAGAAGUUCGUAUAGAUGCUUAGCAUGUCUAUCAGAAAGGACCAUCGUUAUUUCUGACAACUAUUUUCUUUGGUGACCUGUUUGAGCUCAACAGGGACAGACAGUGUUAUUUGGUAUUUGGGAAAUCAUCUGUUUUGUAAAUAAAACUGAACCCGACCAGGAGUACCUGUUGCAAAACAUCAAGCUUUUACAGUACUAUAAUCUGUUAUAUGCCUGUCUUUGUGAACACAGCUUGUUACCAUUGAUAUACCUGUGAUGGACUGAUGUCUUGGUGCAGCAAUGUCAUUGCUGCUUUGCUGAAAAAAUUGUGCUACUCAUUGCUUGCUGAACUCUGCUAAUGGACACAAAUUAUGCACCUAAUGUAGAAAGCUGCACUGGUAACUUUGAGAAAGUGUCUUAAUGCCUUUAUGUAUCCCCCCUCCCCCAAAGUUCUGAUUUUUAGCAGUUGGGGGUCUUCCACACAUUUUAAGAACAUUGGGAUGCAACUUAUAUUGCAUACAUCUGAUGCCUUUUGAGGUUGACAAUGUAUUCCUAAUGCAAUGAGAAAAAUGUGAUGAUUGUGAUUCUGGAAAUAAAGUUAAAUUUUCCAUGACAA